AUGAAGCGACUUCAGCACAGAGCAGAAAAUAUUUACGCAAACGAGCAGCGACAUGUUUCUCAAGCUUCUUCCUGUAAAUUUCAAGAGUUUCACUGGAGUUUGAAUAACAAUGGACCCGAUCUUAGUGGGGUCCAUCCUCUGGUUCCUCUGUUGAUCUACAGCGACAGACAUUUCCCGCCCACUUCAGACCCUCAGCCAAUCAGAGCUCACUCUGACCCUCAAGCCAACUCCCACUCCCGCAUACCUUGUAUCCACAGCAACAGUACGCGCAGGCCAAUGGGGGCAGUGAAGAAGCCUCUGAACGCUUUUAUGUUGUACAUGAAGGAGAUGAGAGCCGCGGUUCGUCAGGAAGUGAACGAACGAGAGAGUGCCGCCAUCAAUUGCAUUCUAGGAAGAAAGUGGAACGCUCUUUCUCGCGCUGAACAGUCCAAAUACUUUGAUCUGGCUCAGAAGGAGAGACUGUUGCACCUGCAGCUGUACCCCGGCUGGUCGGCUCGAGACAACUACGGCAAGCGUAAAAGGAAGGACAACCACAGGAAGAUCACACAUGAUUCAUCGUCAUAA